ACCACCUGAAUCUUGUCCUUGUAUCCAAGAAGUUGAAUGGUGAUAACUACACAUCCUGGGCCCGUGGCAUGCAGCUUUCCUUGAGUGCCAAGAAUAAACUUGGUUUCAUCACUGGCGAUAUCCAAGAACCUUCUUCCUCCGACGACCCUUAUGCUCACGCGGCUUGGCGUCAUUCCAAUGACAUGAUUCUCUCUUGGCUUUUGCAUUCCUUGGAACCUGACCUUCAAGAAUCUGUGCUUUUUUCCACCUCUGUCCAAGCUGUAUGGGAUGAUCUUCGCGAACGCUUCUCUCAGAGUAAUGCUCCACGCAUCUUCCAACUCAACCGGGAACUUGCUACAAUUUCUCAAGAUUCUUUUAAUGAAUCCCCUUCCCACUGUUCGUCAGACCUGUUCCUCGGUGUCUCAAGCUGAAAAACAACGCUCCCUGGGCGUCCUCCGCUCUGUCGAUCAACCUGCUGCCAUGGCUGUUCGUGGCCCGUCCCGUCCCUCCUCUGCUCGUCCUCCCCUCCACUG